UGUCGGGGCUGGUUCAGGGCAGAGGGGGAGUUCUGCAGGGUCAAAAAUACACAGGAGCUGCAAAUCAGAAAACUCAGCAGACCUGCGCAACUUUCCAACAAGCACAGUUUGGGGUUCUUUUUUUUUUUUUUUUUUUUUUUUUUUUACUUUUUUUUUUUUUUUUUUUUAUACUACUUUUGAUUUGAUUGUGUGGUCGCUGCUGCUGCUGCAAAGAUGACCACAGCCGUGGUGUCGCCUUUCUUCGACUUCGAAGUAAUGAACAAGAACAACAAACUGCUCAGCUACAACAACAACCUGGGUGCCCCCCAUCCCAUGUCUGUCCCUUGCACUGGCACCAAUGUGCCCAUCUCCAGCCCCACCGGAGCCCUGCUGGACAGGAAGGCGGUGGGAUCUCCCUCAGUGGGAGGCGUGUACCAGCGGCGGCACUCUGUCAGCAGCACAAAGUUCAGCCAGAACCAGUUUCUGAACAGCCUGAAGGCAGCGGACCACUCCUCACUCAUCUCAGGGGUUGGCAAUGCCAGCAACAACAAGGAGAACCGCCUGCGAGACCGCUCCUUCUCUGAGACAGGCGAGAGGCUCCUCAACAAGUGCCUGGGCCCUGCCAGUCCCACCAGCGGCAGCCAAGUGAACUCCAGCCGUUACAAGACGGAGCUUUGCAGGCCCUUCGAGGAGAACGGUUCCUGCAAGUAUGGCGACAAAUGCCAGUUUGCUCACGGAAUCCACGAACUGCGCAGCCUGAGCCGCCAUCCCAAAUACAAAACUGAGCUGUGCCGCACCUUCCACACCAUCGGGUUCUGUCCUUACGGGCCUCGCUGCCAUUUCAUCCACAAUGCUGAGGAGCGCCGUGGACCUCCCCAGCAGUCCUCCCCUCUCAACUCCUCCAACAAGAUGGACAGGCCCCGACUGCAGCACAGCUACAGCUUCGCAGGCUUCUCCAGCUCAGCCGGGCUGAGAGACAGCCCCACCUCUGUCACCCCUCCACCCAUGUUCUUCCCUGAUGAGGUCCCGGACUGGCCCAGCAGUAACCCCUUCACCUACUCCAGCCAGGAGCUGGCCAACCUGUUUGGGCCCAGCCUCGGUGCCGGUCCUGUAGGCACAGAGCCCAACACCCCUGCACCUCCCUCUCCAACAAGCACGCCUUACUAUUUCAGACCCAUGUUGGAGUCCCCUCAGAUGUUCGAGUCUCCAGCCAGCCCUCCAGACUCUCUGUCAGACCAAGAGGGCUACCAGAGCAGCUCUGGAGGCAGCCUGAGUGGCUCCGAGUCCCCCACGCUGGACACCACCCGCCGCCUUCCCAUCUUCAGCCGCCUCUCCAUCUCUGACGAUUAGACUGCAGGCAUCCACCAGAGACUUAAAGUUUGAUGACACAAAGAGAACACGGCACUCCCCUCUACCUCUGACCCGUUCCUUAGCUUCCAUGUCUUCCCUUACACAAGACACCUUUUUGUUAAUUGCUUGUUAGCAUUGUAAGGAUGUAGUCAAUUAAGGGAACUAUCGAAUCAGAUGAUCAUUUCAUCCCUGUUAAUCCGCACAGCAAGUUUUAUAAAAGUUCCCCCCGCCAUGUGUCAUAGUGCCAAAAAGGAGAGGAAAUUGAACAAUGAAAAUCAUGAGAACAAGAAUUGACUGUUUCGCCAGGUGCCACUUGUUUUUUCUUUCUUCUUCAUUUGUUCUUGAAUGUGUAGCAGCACAAGUGGCCUUGGAAAGGGGAGUGCAUUGCACCCGCCCCCGCCCCCC